AUGAAGCGUGAAAAUUUCAAUUGGGAAAUGCGUUACAAAAUCAUAAGAGGCAUUGCUCAAGGGAUUCAAUACCUUCAUGAGGAUUCUCCACUUCAGAUAAUUCAUCGUUAUCUUAAAGCUGGCAACAUUUCACUUGACGCCAAUAUGAAUCCUAAAAUUGCAGAUUUUGGAAUGGCAAGGAUGUUUGUAUCGGAUGAAACUGAAGGCAGUACAAAUAGAAUUGUGGGGACUUAUAAAUACAUGGCUCUAGAAUAUGCAAUGUUUGGACAGUUCUCAAUCAAGUCAGAUGUCUUUAGUUUUAGUGUGUUAAUUUUGGAGAUUGUGAGUAGCCAAAAGAUUACUUCUUUUCGUAAUGGAGAGAAUGUGAAGUACCUUCUUAACUAUGCAUGGAAAAAUUGGAGAGAGGGAACAAUUUUUAAUCUCAUAGAUCCCACACUGAGCAAUAUUCCAAUAGUGAGAUAUGUGUACAAAAAAAAUGUAGAUGACUGA